AACGGAUAAGUAAUAUCUACCAAAACCGAGGGUAACAAUUCAUCGAAAACGACCCUACUUUGGACUUCUUUUUAUUUCCCAAUGCCGCCUCAUGUCUGGACAAAAACUCGUCCAGAUUUUAAACAUUUCCUCUCUCCUUCACUUCCUCGUUCUUUCCCUCUGUGUUUCUUUCCCUCCUCCUCUAAAUUGGGAACAAAACGAUUCCAUAAUCUUCUUCAAAGGAUAACUUUUUGAUAGAAUCAAAAACCAGCAAAGAGAAAACCGAGGGAUUUUCUGGGCAUUUAAUUGAUUUUCAAUUUGGGCUCAAAGUUAGGAUUUUUUACCCCCCUGUAUUGCAAGAAGCUUCUGUUCUUUGUGAGAGGUGGCCAUUGAAGGACUGUUAACUUCGUCAUACUUCUGUUUUCGUGAGGCUCUCUUUAAAAUGGAGUGAAGUUGACAAUAUCUGCAGUAUCUUGAGUGUUUGUCCAAGGUACGUUUGCUUCCAAUUGUAUUUUCCUGUUAAUUUCUUGGUGGAUUUUGUUUCAUUUGCCUUUCCUUAUGUUUUAGGAUGGUUCUUGUCAUGGCAAUACUAUAUGAAUUAUGAACAAUGGUUUUCUAAUAUGACCGUGACAUCAAAUGUCACGCGUGACUCUAGUAAUCACCAAAUGUCACAUCUGUGUAGAAUUUUCGUUUUUGUUACUGUGUAUGCCCAAGUAUAGAUGUUGACAGUAAUUCUUUUAAUUU